CUGCGCAGAAGAGUCUCAACUCUCAAGCUUCCGGUAAGAUGAGUCGUAGAGAGAAACCCUAGGGAGCACCGACCGCCAUGAAGGAUCCCUUCUCCGCCAUUGAUGCCGAGUGCGGCCAUCUCUCCAUCUCCCAAGAUUCCCGUUUGGUUCGCUUCCCUUUCCUCGAUGAUGAGGGAUAUUCUCCCUCCUCCUCCUCCAACGACGACGACGAUGAUGGCCCCUCCCUUCCUCCUGCCGACGCUCCCAUUCUUUUCUACUCCCCUCCCAACUCCCCUGUCGCCGGCGGCAACACCUCUGACCCCACUGUUGUUGCCACCGACGCCUAUCCUGCCGAUGUUGCGAACAACGUUGAUGACGCUGGCGCGGCGAACAACGUUGAUGACGCUGGCGCGGCGAACAACGUUGAUGACGCUGAUGUUGCCGGUGCUGACACCACCACUGAUGUUGCCGAUGUUGUUACCGCUGUUGGUGUGGGUACUACUACCACUGAUGCCGCGGUUCCGGACCUAGGGUUACCUCCUAAAGAAAUCCUCACAGAUCACCCUCCCAAGAGAUUCAAGAAAGGAAGCAGAGGCCCUAAGCUUCGCUCACCUGACUCGGAGGAAGAUGAUGAUGAUAAGUACCGCUACCAAUCCGUGGAGAUAUUGAAGGACCUUCUUGAAACUCGAAGUUGUACGAUAGAAGUUGAUGGUAGGCGCAGGCUUCCCUAUUCGUUUGUGGAGCAGGCCCUUGAAGAUGAUAGAGAAAAACAUCGUAAGGGGGUGAAUUUCCCUAGGGAUCUUCCUGAACUUGUUAGGAUUUUUUUUAACAAAUGUGAUAAGAGGUUUGCGAAUACUGAUAUCUUGGAUAUUGUCAAGAUGAAAGGGAUGGACUUCCCUAUGGUCAAGUGGUGGCGAGCUGGUGGUUAUGAGGCCAAGAAUGAUAAAGAGCCGGGAGGCUCCCCUGAUGUCUGAGACGAUUUGCUUUGGUUGGUUCCAUGGGUUCAAAUCCAAAAUUUGUGCCAUGUGUGAACUUGAGGGACGUGUUCAAUUCUAGUGAAAAAAUAGAAACCCAUUUUCUCCAAAUAUGGUUCUUUUGAACACAAGAAUUAUCAGAUGGAAAAUGAUUAGAAAGAGCUGGAUUACCGAUUGGGCAUGACUCACUGGUUGCCAUGGUCCACAGCAUGCUUAUAAGAUGCCAGGCUGUGUUGAUCUGAUCCAUUUUAUUGUUUCAAAUAAAAGAAAAUCUUAAAAAUAGUAAAAAAAUAAAAUACAGAAGAAAUACAAUUUUUUAAGAAGAUAAAUAUUAUUUUUUUUUUGACAAUAUGCAUGAAAAUUUUUGUGCUCAUGUUAACAAAUUGAAAAUGGACAUUACAUAUUUAUAUAUGAAAAGUGGGAUAUUAUAAAAUCUAAGGAAUAAAUUAGUGUAUGUUUGUAUGUUACAUGCUUGUGAAUUGUAAAAGUAUUGUAGUAUAUCACAAAAGUUUGGGAACAUCUUGUAUGAAUAAUAUAUGAGAAAUUGAGUGCUGAAUUUAUUUAUUAGGUCAUCUUGUUUGGUUGUUUUUGACUUGUAGUUUUGCACAUAUAGCAUUGUAGUUGUCUUGUAAAGUUGUACUUGCUAUGUUGUAAGCUUAUAGUGUUGCAGCAUUGUAAUCUUGACGUCUUGUGAAUUUUUAUGUGCACCUUUUCUAUUGAAUUAGAUGAGCCCUGUUCACCUCCAUCAUCGGAUAAGCCAUUGCAUGGUCAAUUAUGUCUUGAAGUUGAUCAUUAGCAUCGGCAAUGAAUCAAUCCUAUAAACAUAUGCACAUCUCUAAAGAGUUAUGACUUAGGCAGCUUUUCCUCUCCUACCAUCGUUAUUAAUAUUUUUGAUAUGUUUGUCCUAAGUCAUGACUGACAUUGGAAGAUUAUGCAAUAGCCGCAUUCAAUGAAGGAGGUGAACGAGGUACAUUUAGUUUAAUAUAAGAGGUGGACAGAUAGUUUCAAAGCUAUAAGGCUAUGAGACUACAAGCUCACAGCAUAAUAAGUACAACACCAUGAGACAAGUAUAAUACUGCUAGUGCAAAACUACGAGUUAACAAAAAUUCACCAAAACAACUUAAUACGAUGGCUCGAUAAAUAAAUUCUGUAGACAACUUCUCACAUGUAAUUAGUUUUUUUCCCCUAAGAUUUUAUAAUAUACUACUCCAAUGUUACAAUUUGUUGGCAUGUAUUUUCCAAGAUUUUAUAAUAUGACUUUUCACAUGUAAAUAUGUAAUGUUCAUUUUUAAUUUUUUAACAUGAGUUUAAAAUUUUUCAUGUAUGUUGUCAAUAAAUACAAAAUAAUGUUUAUCUUUUUUUUUUUUUUUUAAAUCGCAUUUCUCUGUAAUUUUUUAACUAUUUUUUGCAAGUUUUAAAGACUUUCUUUUUAUUGUAAGAAAGCAUUAAAUUGGUCAGGCACGAGCAGAAUCCAGCCUAUAUACAUGCUUUGCCUGUGAUGAGCCACAACCUGACACUACGUGUGCCAUGCCAUGCAUUGUGCUUGGCGGCCUGGCAAUCCAGCUCUAUCUCUGUGCAAUCUACACUCUCAAGGACUUGCUGGUUAGAAGAAUUUUUCCUUAAGAUCAAAAAAUACAAGCCAAAUACAAAGAUUGAGUGGUAGAGAUUUCCCCUUGAGUUGGAAAUAUAUGAAAAUGUUAUUGAUCUUUCCUUGGAGAUAAAUGUUUGAGUUGAACCUUUAAAGGUUUAAUGAGAGAUUAGUGUCAAAGUGGGCUCUUUUCUAGUACGAGACACAUCAUAUGAAGGCUGGACGAGGAAAUCAUGAAGAUGCUAAUGAAUGUCUAAAAACGUUUAGAUUAUUGUAUUUCAGUUAUUUGAUGAUAAAUAAAUCAUUGGUCAACUUUUGGUUUGCUCUUUCUUAUUCGAAAGCCCACUUAACUUACACUUAUGUGGGAGUGGUUUUUUUUACAGUUUUGAGAAUUAUUAUAUGAAAAGUGAGCAUAGCAAUUAAAAGGA